AUGGAAGCCCCAAAGAGCAAAAAGGACAUCCAAAAGCUUACAGGUCGGGUAGCAGCAUUGAACAUAUUUGUCUCUCGGGUAGCAGACAGAUGUUUCCCCUUUUUCAAAGUCCUAAGAGGCAACCAGAUCUUUGAAUGGAAUGAUGAAUGCGACCUAGCCUUCCAACAGCUUAAGCAAACUUUAGCUAUACCUCCGGUUCUUGCCAAACCAGGGCCUGGUGAUACUUUGUUCCUUUACUUGGCUGUCUCUCGAAAUGCCGUAAGUGGGGUGCUAGUAAAGGAAAAAGGAAAAGUGCAGCAACCCAUCUACUAUGUCAUAACUGCUAGAAAGUUGCGACAGUAUUUCCAAUCUCACCCCAUAAUAGUUCUCACCAAUCAACCACUCAAGCACAUACUUCAGAGACCAGAUGUUUCAGGAAGGUUAUUAAGGUGGGCGAUCGAGCUUGAUAGCUCAGGCUCGGGGGCCGGGAUAAUCAUCAUCAGCCCGGACAAGGCCACUGAAGUUCAAUGUGCGCUUAGGUUUGAGUUUGAAGCAACCAACAACGAAGCGGAAUAUGAAGCUGUGGUCAUUGCUCUCGAACUUGCCAGAAGUUUGGAAUUAGAGCAUAUCAGAGUCUUCAGCAACUCACAGCUCGUUGUUGGACAGAUCGAAGGAUCUUUGAAAGGAAAGAUGAGCUUGCACUGCGUAAAAGUGCAUGAUCUUCAGAGACAGUUCACAAGUUGUGAAAUAUUGACAAUAGCAAGAGCAGAUAACUCCAAAGCUGACGCACUAUCCAGACUCGUUUUCAUGAGGAUAGAUGGACUCGACAGAACAGUACACGUCAAGAUUGUCACAGAGCCUAUCAUAAACGCGAAGCCGAGAGUCAUGGACAUUGACCAAGAGCCUUCCUGGAUUGAUCCAAUAGUUGAAUAUAUAAGUAAUGGAAACCUACCUCCUGACCCUCGCACCGUAAGGAGUAUUCGGGCCAAAGCCGCUAGUUACCUCAAACCUUCCGAAUCUCUCCAACCCCCGACUGAGGUUCAUGAGGGAAUAUGCGAAAAUCACCAGGGAGCCAGAGCCCUUGCCUACAAAUUAAUAAGGUAUGGGUACCACUGGCCAACCAUAAAGAAAGAUGCAGCUGAAUAUGUCAAAAGGUGUGACAAGUGUCAGAGGUUUGGUAAUGCUAUACAUGUCCCUAUAGAAGAGUUGACCUCUAUUCAUUAUUCGGCACCAUUUGAACAAUGGGGAGUUGACAUCCUUAGACCUUUCCCCAUGGCCCGAGGACAGUUAAAAUUUGUUGUGGUAACAGUUGAGUACUUCACAAAGUGGGUAGAAGCCAAGCUCAGAUCAUUUGUAUGGAAGUCGAUUGUAUGUAGGUUUGGAAUACCCAAAGUACUUAUAACAGAUAAUGGAAGGCAAUUCGACAAUUCACAAUUCAGAAAUUUCUGUGUCAAUCUCGGGAUUGACCAUUGUCUAACGUCAGUAUCACACCCUCAAAGCAAUGGCCUCGCUGAGGUAACAAAUAGGAUCAUACUUCAAGACCUUCGCAUCAGGAUCGGAAACGCAAGAGGUGACUGGCCCGACGAAUUGCCCUCCAUACUAUGGGUAUAUAGAACUUCUCAUAAAACAGCAACAGGCGAGACUCCUUUCAUGUUGGCCUUCGGCUUAGAGGCCACUAUCCCCGUCGAAGUCAGUCUCCCCACUUUGAGGAGAGUUGAACCCAGUAUGGAGGACCAAACAACCGAACAUCUUGACUUACUCGAAGAAGUAAGAGAGCAAGCUUCACUGAGAGCUGCUAGUUACCAAAAUAAAAUAGCAAAGUACUUCAACACCAAAGUCAAGUCACGAGAAUUUAGGAGUGGCGAUUUGGUUUUAAGAAGAGCAGAAGUAGUUGGACACCCUCCAGGUAAACUUGGACGGGCUCUAAGCUCGACCUCGACGAGUACAUCAAGAAUUGAGCUCAGACAUGCCUGA